AUGGACCCUGCCAAGGUUGAAAAAUCGAGCACAGGUCAAUGUCAUAGCCAAGCCAGAGGUCGCUGCUUACGGGUGUUUUUACCAUGGUCUCCUUUGUUUACCCCAUUGACCGGUACGGAUGUCCGGCUUCGGGAUACGCAGUCUGGGGAACUUCACACAGGGGCAAAUGGAUCCUCCGCACAGGAGACCGACUCCUUGGAUCCCAACAUCCUUUUGCCCCUCGCCGUCAACCUGACCGGCACCCACCCCUUACCAUUAUGGCAACGAUUGCCAGUUAAUCCCUUGUGUACUUUUAAACCGAUUUUACCAUCGAAUCGUCUACAAGGUGGGAUUUCAUCCGGGGCCGCCAACGCCUCCCAAUCCUUCCUUCAACCGCCCUCCAACCACCCCCCCGAGACCUCUUCGCCUUCCUUUCAUCAAGGUGAAUUGGUUUCCAAAUCUAAGCGCGGUUUGCCCGAGAAGGAGGACUUUUUGUACUACUGUGAUGCCUGCCAAAAGGGGUUUAAACUGCAGGAAAAAUACGACGCGCACAUGGAGAACCACAUCUAUUGCAACGUCCCAGGCUGUGGCUUUACCUGUCGUAAAGACCGUGGAUGGAAAAUGGAGGAGCAUGUGAAUAUGCUGCACAACCGCCCAAACGCUCCGGAUUUGGUAGAUAACACGCGCUAUCUUGACCAACGCCGCUCGCGCUUUCCUACCCAGGACGCAAUUAAACAAAAAGUGGAGGAGCUUUACUACAAGGCGGCCCGAGGGGCGGUCCUGCCGAAUGAGCGCCGGCGCUGGAUGCAGCAACAUGGGGUGCACAUUCAGAAGCGAUUUCGCUCCGAACACACCUACAUCCAGCGCGGUAAGCCCCCGUGGGGGAUUAAUGAAGACGAGCAACCCCAUCCCGUCCGCGAUGCCAACGACGACGAACAAGCCAACGCGGGCGUGGCGACCGGGGGAGGUUCUCCUGAGGAAAAAGAACCCGACCCGGCCCUUCCCAUCUGCCCUUCUUCUCCCCACACGAACAGCUCACACCGCGCUCGAAGCGGGGAUGCCAAUCGAUCCACGAGCCCCGUGUCCUUCUGCCAGGCCUUAUCGGAAAACGGCUCGUCUUCGGAUCAUUCCACCCGGUCUUCCUUACGACGGGCGGGUGAAAUUAACCCUACCGAAGCGCAUCCCCCCGCGGCGCCGCUCAGCGGUGAUGGCGAUAAUCAAAAGGCGUCGUGCGCAGUCCCGCCUCCCCUUUUCCAUCACCAAUCCAAACUUAUUCAGCGGGUGGAGCGGCAGCGGGAAAAUGGGCAGGUACCGCGCUACUACGUUUGCAAUCGAUGUGGUGUCAAAGGAAGCCACUGGCUGAGCGACUGCCCCACCAAAGGAAACCCCCUUUACAAUCGUCAUAUGGUCUGGGGCGAGCCAAAGCUAUCGAAGCCCGACGCCGGCACGUCCCCCGCCCUCAAUAGUGCAAACCCCUUCGCUAACGCCAAGGGAGAGGUCCCACCCGGGCUCGGUUCUUCUCCAGCUGAGGAGCCGCCUCAAGUCGGGGAGGAGGGGGCGGACGCCAAAGGGGAUUUUCAGACGGCGGAUGACAGCCCUUCGCUGCGGCCUGGCGCCGCUCCGAUUCCGCGCUCGGUCGCCCACGGGGACUCUUUGAGGGACACCAAUCGUGGCUUCGAGGACGAGGCGGAGUUUGAUGCCCUGCCACCGCCUGAGGUCACGGCACGGGCUGGGCCUACCCCGGUCGAACGUUGCCAAGCAAAGAAGAGUGGGAAAUUCGGCCCCAACGAUGACGGGGCGGCCACCAAGGAUGUCAGCAGAAUGCUUGCACCUGUAGCCGCCAAGAAGUUUCUGCAAGCCCGAAUGCAGGACAAGGAGCGGAAGGGUAGAGGUAAGCCAAGUGAUUUGAGAGAGCGUGAGACAUCGAAAGAGCCGACGCUCUAUGAGCGUCUCACCGAGGAAGAUCGACUAAAUGAAAAGGGACUCCUACUACAAGCCAUUCGAUUCUUUGUUGCUCGAGAUUUUUUCUGUUAA